AUUUCAGCGCUUCCGUAUACCAUUUAUCUCAUGAUAUCAUGGGAUCCAUUCUAUUUAAAUCUAAAUUCGUACUUUGUAAUCAUCUCCACUCUUCCUAUGAUUAUUCAACUGAAGAUUAACCUCACCUUAACAACAUCGAUUGCUGCGGAGAGAACUUUGGCUCUGUACUUCCCAGUCGUAUUCCGCAGCCUGUCCACGCGCUCGUAUGCAGUGUUCAGCUUGUUGUGUGGGAUUUUGUUAGCAGUACUGGACGUUAUCUUGGAAUUUUCACUGACACCUUUCAACAGUGCUCUCAACUGUGUGGCUAUCGGAUGUUUUCUGAGUGAAACUUUCCGCUACUAUUGGGGAAUCAGCAAUAUGGUGAACUUGUUUUUUAAAGCCGUCUAUAUAUCUGUUAAAUGUUAUGGGCAUGAUUGUCAAAAAACAUGUAAGAAAUUAAAUCUAGGAAAUGUAGAGCCCAACCUUUCAAGUCUUUCAAAAAUAUCACUUUGCAAUUUCUGA